UCUACGCCGUCUAGGUUUUAACAACCAAAAAAAACAUUUUUUUUAUAGCUAAAUCAAAAUUGUCCAAAGGAGAAGCAAGAAAGAACAAACAAAAAAAUUCCUUUGUGACAAUGGUUUCUUCAACGAUAAUUUACCCUAAAUGUUCUUGUAAGCUGCCAUUAAUCACCACCUGCGCACGUUAGUUUCAAUUGAAACAUUCCCAAACAGUCACCAAUUAAUCUUGUUUUGCAUCGUCAUGUCAAGAUUCUUUAGAAUUGGUAGUACUAAAAGAGUUGCACAAUCCCUUGAAAAAAGUCAGAGAGAAAAACAUGGAUUGCUUGUUAGGGUUGGGAUAUGUUCUUCAAAGUACAGAUUUUAUGGACAUUACACAUCGUCUGCUAGAGGAUACGCUUCAUUUACUGGGUAUAAAGUACAAAACAGUAUGUGCAACAAUUUUCACAAGAUACAAUCAGCCACUUUGUCGAGCAAUCCUAAAGCACAUCAUGCCCGACUUGCUUGGAGGAGGUUCUUACUGAUUUCUUUUUACAGGGGAAGAACUUUUAUGCCAUUAAGUAGAAUUGCUCAAGCAGUUAGUUUGGCUCUGUGCCGCUCUGCCGUUGUUGUUCCUGGUAUAUUUGCCUUAAGAUAUGGAAAGAAUGUAGCAGUGGCAGAGGCCCUGCCGGUUGUGGACCUUUCCGCUCCAAGGAAUACAUUUUAUCUACGUGCACAAGAUAGUCAUGCUUUAUUUACUCGACUAAUCCUUUCAGCAUUUGAAGGUGCUGUUCUUUUGGUGAGAGCUUUUUAUUUGGCAAUCCUGUUCUCUCCAAGCAUUGCAAUGGCUCCAUUUGCAGAAGUUCUGGGACCUAGGUUCAGGAACUUAUGGCUUCAGGUUGUUCACCGGACUCUUGAAAGAGCAGGUCCGGCGUUUAUAAAAUGGGGCCAAUGGGCGGCUACACGGCCGGAUCUGUUCCCAAGAGAUUUGUGUGCUGAGCUGUCAAAGCUUCACUCACAAGCUCCUGAACAUAACUUCGCCUACACUAAAAAAGUUGUUGAAAAAGCUUUUGGUCGCAAGCUUUCCGAGAUUUUUGACGAUUUUGAGCAGACCCCUGUAGCAUCUGGUAGUAUAGCUCAAGUGCAUCGUGCUUCCUUGAAGUCUAGAUAUCCUGGUCGAGUGAUCAAGCCCAUGAAAGUGGCAGUGAAGGUUAGACACCCUGGAGUUGGUGAAUCAAUUAGAAGAGAUUUUGAGAUUAUCAAUAUAGUCGCGAAAUUAUCAGGGUUCAUACCAUCACUAAAGUGGCUUAGAUUGAAUGAAAGUGUCCAGCAAUUUGCUGUCUUUAUGAUGUCACAAGUUGACCUAGCAAGAGAAGCUGCCCAUCUAAGUCGUUUUAUUUAUAAUUUUCGAAGAUGGAAAAAUGUCUCUUUCCCUAAGCCUGUUUAUCCAUUAGUUCAUCCGGCCGUGCUGGUGGAAACUUUUGAGGAAGGGGAAAGUGUCGCCCACUAUGUUGAUGAACUUCAGGGUCAUGAGCGACUUAAGAGUGCUCUUGCUCAUAUUGGAACUCAUGCACUUCUCAAGAUGCUUCUGGUUGACAACUUCAUGCAUGCAGACAUGCAUCCAGGAAAUAUUCUUGUCCGUGUAACACAGCACAAAUCCUCUCAGAAACGUAUGUUCAAGUCAAAGCCCCAUGUGAUUUUCCUUGAUGUAGGCAUGACUGCUGAACUUUCUCAGAACGAUAAGUUGAAUUUGCUAGAAUUCUUUAAGGCUGUUGCUCGUCGAGAUGGUUCCACUGCAGCGAAGUGCACUUUAAAUCUAUCAAAGAAGCAGAAUUGCCCUGAUCCAGAUGCCUUCGUUAAGGAAGUGAAAGAGUCCUUUGAUUUUUGGGGGACUCCAGAAGGAGAUUUGGUCCAUCCUGCAGACUGCAUGACGCAACUACUUGAACAAGUUAGGCGUCAUAGAGUGAACAUUGAUGGCAACGUGUGCACUGCGAUGGUUACAACUUUAGUCCUGGAGGGCUGGCAACGGAAACUUGAUCCAGAUUAUAAUAUAAUGCACACACUACAGACAUUGCUUCUCAAAGCCGACUGGGCAAAGGAUCUUUCCUACACAAUCGAACAGGUCAUGGCUCCAUGAAACUUCCCUCGUGUUAUUGCAAAAGAAUCUUCUCACAAAUCGUGAUAUACAACACACAAAUGUAUAUUUUAGCCCCAAAAGACCAAAAUCAUGUCUCUAGUUUAUAUUUUAACCAUUUAGGUAGCAACAUAUCUGCCUCACAAGAUUUUGUUAGGGAAAAUAUCUUUUAUAUAUAUAUAUAUAUAUCGAUCACGAAUAAUACUGACCUCUGGAGCUUGACACUUGCGGCAACAAUGGCGAAAGGAAGUGUAAUAUCUUCCUAAGUUGAAUUCAUUGAUUUUUCGUUUUUUUGUUUUCUUUUUCUUUCUUUAAUUAGUUUUAUCUAGGGAAAAAGAAAGAUGAAAACGUUAGAAUAUUGUUCUCAUCCCUACAGUUUUCCUUUCAAUGUAUGUAAUUUUUCUAGUUUUUGUUGUGCUUUAUUUUUCAAUAUAUUAGAAGGAAAAAUACAAUUUUGUUUGAAGCA